AUGUACUUCGCCUCUCAACACUCAUUGUGUUCACCACACUCAGCAACGUUACCUUUGCCUCCACUAUCGCGCUACUGUCAUCAUGAGCACAGUCAGCCAAAUGCGAUGAUUCGAGUGAAUAUCACAUGA